AUGAGUAUAAAGGCGAGUACCGUGACUCUUUCCACAGCAGGUGUUCGAGCUGUUGUGUAUCAGCUUCAAAGUAUAAUGUUACGGGCUCCAGCCAAACUAUUCCGACCUUCAAGAUUUGAUUAUUUUGCAGUUAUAAGAGCAAGAGCAGAACAAUACGAUAAUUUAAAAGAUAAACCCUAUAAGAUUCGAACACAUUCAACAUUAGCAAUGCUUAUCAAAGUAAUUAAUAAAGAAGGUUGGAAAUUAAUACCUGAUCAAAUCCUACCACCAUUUAUUGCCAAUUCGAUCUCAGGUAUGGUAUUAUAUUCAACUUAUUUAGGGAUAACUGGUAGUGAAAGUCCAACUUAUUGGAAUUCUUGGAAAGGUGGGUUUGUUGCUGGAGCAAUCCAAUCGUUUAUAGCUGCACCAGUGGAUGCUAUAUUCACCAGAUCUUCUGUUUCAGAAGUAAUUAAUGGUCUGCAUCAAAAUCUUUGGGUUUAUGGUUUAAAAAAAUUAAAAGAAAUUGGUGUAUCUGGAGUAUUUGCAGGUUAUCUUUUUUCAUUUGUUAAAGAAAGUCUUGGUUUUGCAUUUUAUUUCAGUACUUUUGAAACCAUAAAAACUAAAAUGUAUAAUAUGACGUAUGGAAUCAUUGUUUCCAUGAGAAAAUUCAAAAGAAAUUGGUUAAGUUGGUUUCUGAAACCUAUUCGUUAUUCACCUGAUGAAGAGAAGAAAAUUAUUAUGGAACAUAAAAGACUGACAAAAAUUUUAAAAUCUGCUUUUGUUUUAUUGGCUGGUGCCUCUGCUGCUGUUUCUUUAUUGGCAAUCCAAUACCCCAUAUCUAAAGCUCAAAAUAUCCAUUUGGCUCGAUUAGAAACUUUGGAUAUUUAUAAUGCUUCGAGAAAUUAUCAACGUCGUAAACCUUUCAUUAAAGUUUACUAUAAUUCUUAUAAGGAAACUUAUCAACAAAUACUAAAGAUGAAAAGAAAAAGUAGACAAACAUGGGGUCAAUUUGCGUAUAAAGGAUUUUUAAGAAACACUAUCACUACGAUCCCAGCCAUAUCUGUUGGAUUACUUGUAUUUGAAAUGUUAAGAGCUCGAAUUAUAGAUGAAGAUGAAUUACUUCAAAGUUAA